UAACUUCUUAUCUCAAACAUUACAAUGGCCAAGGUUCAUCCUCAGGAACACACAUCUUCUCCUUGCCUCACUUCUAAAAGAGAAACAUAUACUCUAUGGAUGAAAUCACUAGUGUUCCACUCUAAUGGUUGCACUGUCUAUGAUUCAAAUGGUGAGAUUGUUUAUCGAGUUGAUAACUAUGACAGAAAGGGUAGAAGGGAAGUUAACCUCAUGGAUCUGCAAGGCAAAGUUCUCUGUACCAUAAAGAAGAGGUUACUUGCCUUUGGACAUUGGGAAGGCCACAGAAGCUGCAAUUCUAAUAGUAGAAUUCAGGAGCAGCCAUGGUUUCAAGUUAAAAGAUGUAAUAAGAUGAUCACAGGGAAAGUAGCUUGUCAGAUUACAGUGGGGUGCCAAAAGUAUUGCAUAGUAAGAAUCAGUGGCAAAGCAGCAUCAUUUAGGAUAGUGAAUAUAGAUGGACUGAUAGUUGCAGAGGCAAAGCAAAAGCACUCAGCCUCAGGGGUUGUCUUGAGUGAUGAUGUUCUAACCUUGGAUUUGGCUGCGGGCACAGAUCAUUCCCUUAUAAUGGGUUUAGUCACGGUGUACGGAAUGAUAUGCGGGAUAAUGUAAAUAAUUGCCAAUUGGUCCUUUUCAUAUGAGUUAUACACAAUUUAUUUGGAGGCCCUAGUACAGCAAGCAGUGUUUCGCCUUUGUACCUGAAUAUUAUGUGAAUCCUCCUAUCAGUCACUUUUGUAAAUUUUCUGAAUGACAAGUUUUGUAAUCAGAAUUUGGCUCAGUUUGUAUAAAAGAUCAUGAGCUCCAUCAGGAUCAUAGAGAUUUAUGUAUACAUAUACUGUUUACGGAGGAAAAAGACAUAUGUACAUUAUAUAUUUGGUAUUUUACCAAAAGACAUAUAUUUUUCU